ACCCGCUCUCACAGAUUUUUUCUACAAGUUUUUUUGUUUUUUAAAGUAUUAUUAUUUGACUAAUCCAGAGGAUAUGUUGGCCCAAUUUUUAAGGUUUAUUUUCCUCCUUUACUCCUGCAUAUUACUGGAACCCGUGUUUUCAACACAGAGUCAGAUGUGUGACCUGAUUCUGGAAAUAGACAAGGAGAAAAACAUGUGUGAGGCUCAGAUUGAAAACAAAACAACAGGUUGCAGUGGGACGUGGGACAAGAUCACCUGCUGGCCCAGUGCUGACAUCGGAGAGGUGGUCACCAUCCCCUGCCCCAAAUAUCUUUUCUAUUUCUCUGGGGACGUACCUCCACGAAAUCUGUCAAAGACCUGCACUGCAGAUGGCUGGACCCCGAUCAGUAUGGACUCCUACAUAAUGGACUGUGAUUAUAAUCCCAACAACACUGUGGAUGAAAAUUCUGGGGAAUUCUUCGGCGCCAUCAAAGUGGGUUACACUGUCGGUCACAGCGUGUCACUCAUUUCUCUGACAGUCGCCAUCGUCAUACUGUGUCUCUUCCGGAAGCUGCACUGCACAAGAAACUACAUCCACAUGCAUCUGUUUGUGUCUCUCAUACUGAAAGCUGUGACUGUCUUCAUCAAGGAUGUUGUUCUGUAUGAUGUCGGUGAGACAGACAAUUGUCAGUCAUCAGUGGGCUGCAAGGCAGUGGUGGUCUUCUUCCAGUAUGGGGUCAUGGCGAGUUACUUCUGGCUGCUGGUGGAGGGUCUCUAUCUUCACGCCUUGUUAGCCGUCUCCUUCUUCUCUGAGAGGAAGUACUUCUGGUGGUACAUCCUGAUUGGUUGGGGGGCGCCAACCAUCUUUAUCUCUGCUUGGGUGAUAACAAAGGCUUAUUUAAACCACCCAGGAUGCUGGGAAACAAUUGACGACAAUCCUUGGUGGAUCAUCAAAACACCUAUUUUAGUUGCCAUACUUGUGAACUUUUUCCUCUUCAUUUGUAUAAUCCGAAUAUUGCGACAGAAAAUGAAUUGCCCUGACAUCGGAAGGAAGGAGUCCAAUCAGUACUCGAGACUGGCUAAAUCUACGCUGUUGUUGAUACCUCUAUUUGGCAUAAACUACAUAAUAUUUGCCUUUAUCCCUGACCACCUCCACCCACACAUCAGGAUGGUGUUCGAUCUUGUACUUGGGUCAUUUCAGGGUUUUGUUGUUGCAAUCUUGUACUGCUUCCUGAAUGGAGAGGUGCAGUCAGAGAUUAAGCGUAAGUGGCGCAGAUGGAUGCUGCAGCGUUUCCUGGGCGCUGACACUAAGUACCAGCAGCCCUCCAUUGGCAGCAAUGGCAACAAUUUCAGCACCCAGAUUACCAUGUCUACCAAAUGCAGCCCCACAACACGACGAGCAUCUGCAUGUCAGGAGCACCUCUCUGCCAUUUAAAAUCUGUGGGAAGGUGACUCACCCAUGUUUUACCAGGAUAUGUGGCCAGUAAGCGCUGCGGCAAUACAGCAAGUAGAGGGAGUUCUGAGGGUCGGCAUGACAUUUUAAUACAGAAGCCCAUUUUAUUUCUUGUAAUUUUAUGGGUUAGCCAUCAAAAAUGACAGCUGCUCAGUGUUUUUCAUGCUAGAGUGGAAAGUCAUCUGAAACCAAGUAAAUUGGUGAAAUCACUGCAAAAAGAAAUUACACUGCCAUUUUUACAGAUUGCAUUAAGGUACAUUUAGUCAGGAGAACAUCAUUGGAGUUUGAUUGCACAGCCAGGUUCACACUGACUCAUAGCCAAGCAGACUAGAGUGUACAGCAGUGAAGCACUUUGGUGAAAUCCCACAUCAAGUCUACUUGAAUUUACCAUUGGCAAAUUAUAGAAAAUCAGGUUUCAGGACAACAUUAGCAACAGUACAGUAGCAUGCUUCUGCAAUCACAAAGAUCUGUGCUAGGAGGAGGAAAUGGGACUCUUGGCUGGUAUUAAUCUGAUUAUUCUAAGAGAUACAAGGAUAAAGCCAGAGACAAGGAGUAUCCAAUAAGAGAAAAGAUGUUUUUAUUACGAGCAUGUGUUACACAAGAGAGUCCAACCACUUAACCUAAUGGCCAGGGUUGCAUAGGGGACAAAUGGUAACAACAUUAAUGACACUGCCAGGCUGUUUUAAAAAGUAGUCACUUGGGAAGGGUCUAUAGCAUGGUCCAAGUACUGGAUGUUCCUAUCCUGUUUUUGACAGCUUUAUAUGGGGAAUACACUUUGUUAAAUUACUGCCAGAUAACAUUCCAGCUCAGUAAACACAAGCUCUAGUAAAGUUUAGCUCAGAUUACAGGGGUUUCUGUUUUGUCUGAGGACACAGUGUCAUAUCAGAUAAUCCUGAUGCAUCACAUUAGUCUGUCAUGCAAAGAACUGUAAAUAGAUAUGUGGUAACGAUUCCUAACUUUUGUUAACUGGACUGCAUAUGGUAAAUGGACUUGUACUUAUAUAGCGCUUUCCAGUCAGUUUGACCACUCAAAGCACUUUGGACUACUU